CGGGUUUUAAAACCAACUAGUAGACUGCUACUACUUGAGUUGAUAGUUUUAUUUUAUAAAGUAUGAUAUAGUUCUAUUAUGAGACGUGCACUCCAGUUUUUUUUUAGCAUUUUUGCUUUUGUGGGUGCCACGGCAGUUAGAGACCGGGCACGCAUUUAUGUUUUGGAUAAUAACCUGCAUAUCACAGUUCCAUCUGAUCAUUAUAUGUCCUUUGGUGCAAAGGAGUUUAAAAUUAAUGAUGUUGAUCUGUUACCCACUUUGGAGAAGGCUAGCAAUGCAACAAAACUACUAAGCGCGUACGAAAGAGUGCUUCGCGGAUUUUAUGGAAGAAUGGACGAUCUGGAAAAUCGAUUUUCCAAUGUAGGUCCAGUUAAUAAUACCACAAUAAUCCCAACUUUUAACAGUAGCGUCUUAGAAGUUAAAAUCCAAAGACUCAAUAAUAGAGUGACGCUCGUCCAGAGAAACGUCCGUCGCUUGCGCAUGCUUUUGAAUAAAGACGAGUGCGCAAGCAACCCUUGCAAAAACGGAGCGACUUGCUUGGACUUAUAUAAUGCGUUUCUCUGUCAAUGCCAAACUGGAUGGGAGGGUGAAACUUGUGAAACCGACAUUAACGAGUGUGCAAGGUAUGCAGGAACCGACCUGGGGUGUCAAAAUGGGGCCACUUGCCUUAACCUUCAAGGGAGUUAUCAAUGCGCAUGUGCUGCUGGGUGGAUAGGUAUGCAAUGCAACAGAAAGCCGACCGAUUGCGCAACCGCAGGCCCGGAAAUCUGCGGUCAUGGAUUCUGCGUACCUCAAAACAACGAGAUCGGUUACAAGUGUAUUUGCGACUCAGGUUGGACCACAGAUGGCACCCAUUUAACUUGCUCUGUAGAUGUUGAUGAAUGUAAGCAGAACCACCCUCCAUGCUCCACCAAUCCUUUGGUGCAAUGUGUUAAUGUACCUGGCUCUUUUAUGUGCCAACAUUGUCCUCCGGGGUACACUGGUAAUGGGUAUUACUGUGCAGAUAUCAAUGAGUGCGAGUUAUUUAAUGGAGGCUGUAGCGUUUCGCCCCAAGUUGAGUGCGUAAACACUCAAGGGUCUAGUAAAUGUGGACCAUGUCCACCGGGGUAUGCAGGUGAUGGGAAAAAUUGCGUUUUCAAGGGAGUUUGUAACAUUAAUAAUGGCGGAUGUCAUUUGUUGGCCAAAUGCUUUAACAAUCCCGCUAUCUCAGAGGUCCAAUGCAUAUGCCCUCCAGGCUAUACAGGUUCUGGAUACGGUCCAGGCGGAUGCAUAGCAACCUCAUCCGGCCAAAUAACCGGUUGCACCCCAAAUCCCUGCGUUCAUGGUAGCUGCUCAGGUAACAACUCCACCGGAUUCCAUUGUACUUGCAAUCCAAAUUAUUAUGGAACCUACUGCGACCGGACCAACCAUAUUUGCGACUCCAAGCCUUGUAUGAACGGUGGUACGUGCUUACCAAGGGGAAGUAACUUUCUUUGCUCUUGCACUGCAGGAUAUAGCGGGGCGAUUUGUCAAAAUCAACAGAGAAGUUGUGAUUGGAAACUCACAGGGAGCAACGGUAGUAUUAAGUAUCCAUCGGAUGAUUUUCGGGAAACACGUUUGGGAGGGUCCACUUGCCAAUGGACAAUAACAACAGACGAGGAUAAAGUUUUAACAUUGAAAUUUAAGAAAUUUAAAUUUGCUAAGGAGCCAUGCACGGCACAAUGGUUGGAAGUGCACAAUGGGGAAACAAUCUUGGCCCCUUCUUUAGGGAGGUUUUGUGGCACUAAGUUACCUUUUAAUAAUGGGACAGUGACUACUAGUUAUAAUAAAGCUUUCUUAUGGAUUAGUAGUAAUAAUGGUGAUCCCGAAUUUGAAGUGGAAUGGCAAAGUAGAAGUCCUUCAUGUGGGCAAAGAUUACCAAUGGAAGGGAUUACAAUGAUCACAUCCCCUGGAUGGCCUGCUAAUUACCCAAAUAAUAGGGACUGUUACUGGCAAUUCUUUGUGCCUUAUAACAAAAGGGUGCUAUUCCACAUCUAUUCUUUAAACAUUGGAGAUAAAUCUGAUUGCUCUGGAGACUACUUAGAGUUUACCACAGGUCUAGUAGUGCAUCCACGCGAACUGUUUGCCAAACUAUGCGACUCAAAUGCCACUCAGCCAUUUUAUUCGCGCUCAAAUAUCGGGUUUGUGCAUUUCAAGUCGAACGAGAAAGAUACCUAUCGAGGGUUCCAAAUUGGAUACAGCGUCGUGGACGGUUUGCCAGGUUGCGGUGGCACUUACACACAAAACUCUGGAUACAUCCAGUCUGUUUCGUUAACGGAGAGUACCAGAUUCCCUAUAUAUUGCAAAUAUGCCAUUAACUUGGCCUCUAAUUCAACUGUGAGGUUUGAUUUUGUUGAGAUGGAUUUGGAGGAUGAUUGUAACACUUAUGUUUCGAUACAAGUGAAAUACAAAAACGAUGAUGAUUACUCACUGCUAGGGAAAUUUUGUGGAAGUAGAAUCCUCCCUCCGGUAUACACUUACGGGAGUGAUUUGUUAGUGAUUUCAAAGACCAGACAUGACUUGAAAAACCGUUGGAAAAUCAAAUAUGAGUCAAGGUGCCAACAAUCCUUUAUAGCACCCUCGGGAGAUUUAAUCAUAAAUGGUCAAACGUCAGAUUGUAUUUGGUUAAUAGAACAACCACCUGGAAGGAUAAUUUCCCUGGAGUUAAACAUAGUAGACAAUUUUAAUUCCAUGCCCUUUCGUUUUAGGCCUUCGAUGCAAAAUGUUGUAAAGAUUUGGGAUGGCGAUAACGAAAAUGCUACUUUAUUAGGCGAAUACGACCAAAAAGCUGGAAAAGUAUCUCUCACGUCAAGCACUAAUUAUUUGUAUAUUAAAGUGAACAGUGAUACCAGACGAUUUAGAAGGAUGUAUGUUAAUGGAACAUACACGACAAUGGAUGUUGGUUGUGGUGGUCUUAUCAGAGGUGAAACGGGUACAAUAAAAUAUCCCCCAAGGGGUGAAGAAAAGUACGCCUCAGACAAAAAAUGCCGCUGGGUAAUCUCCGUUAUUCCAGGAAACGUAAUACAUUUAACCUGGAUUAUGUUCGGCUUGGAAAGUACCAGCAAUUGCGACUUCGACUAUGUACAAGUAUUCGACAACUCCUCUGUCCCUGGUUACGGGGGUUUAAUGGGGAAAUUUUGUGGUUCCACCAUACCCCCCAUGAUGACUAGCACCUCCAAUAUAGUCACUAUUGACUUUGCUUCUGAUUACACUGUUCCCGGAGCGGGUUUUAUUUUGACUUAUAAUGUUAUUAAGGAAAGUCAAGCUUGUGGAGGAAAUUACUACAGUCCAGCAGGCGUGUUGAAAUCCCCGGAUUAUCCUAAUAACUAUCCCAGAGAUAUCGAUUGCACUUGGACUAUAAAUGUACCACAUAACAGUCAAAUAUUGUUGAAGUUUUUGAAUUUUUCUUUGGAGGCUUAUUCUGGAUGUCGAUACGAUUGGCUUGAGAUAAGAAAUGGUGGUAGUUCAUCGUCGCCAUUGGUUGGGAAGUAUUGUGGCACCACCGUGCCCAAAACCAUUUCUUCACAUACAGACAAGUUGUACUUAAAAUUCCAUUCAGACAACAGCAAAGUUGCCCCUGGAUUUAAAAUCGAAUGGAUGACAGGAUCUACUGGAUGUGGGGGCACUUUGACUAGCCCUGCUGGAUCAAUUACUUCUCCACAUUAUCCGGAACCUUACUUCAAAAACACUGAGUGUACUUGGAAAAUUCAUGUUAACCCCGGAUCGAAGAUUCAAGUGUAUUUUGCUGAUAUCGACUUGGAACUUUCUAGCGUUUGCCAAAUAGAUUACGUGCAGAUUUUCGAUGGUUUAACAACAAACUCACCGCAACUAGGAAAAUACUGCAAGCCUCAAACUAAUCCGGUCAUGUCAUCUGCAAACACCAUGUUAAUUCGGUUUUUCUCGGACGUCAGCUUUCAGGGGCGAGGGUUUAACAUUCAGUAUUCUACAGUAUGUAAAAAUACCCUCACCGGGUUCGGGGGUGUCAUUGAAAGUCCAAACUUUCCUAACGAUUAUCCCCAGGACCAGGAUUGCUUAUGGGAAAUUCAUGUGGAUAAGGGGAACAAGAUUAAUAUGACUUUUUCAAAUUUUGCCUUAGAAAGGUCCACUACGUUGGCUUCAGGACAAUGCCGUUAUGAUUAUGUAGAGAUUGAAUAUGCAACUGAGACAGAUUCCGAAACACCUCAAUGGGAGAAAUUCGAUCGUUAUUGCGGAGACAAAAAUCCCGGCUUAAUAACAAUAAAUUCCAACAUGGCCCGAGUGCAUUUCGUUAGUGAUAGUUUGCUAAUGGGCACUGGAUUUAGACUGGAGUGGGCAUUAUUUGGUUGUGGUGGUAUAUUAACCGAGGAGUUUGACUCGUUUUCAACUCCAAACUAUCCUGAUCCCUAUCCUUCAUCUAUCGAAUGUAGCUGGCAUAUAAAGGUACCUUUCGGGAAUAGUAUUGAACUUAGUUUUUAUGGUAUAGACGUUGAGAAGGAUUCGACUUGUAUGUAUGAUUAUGUACAAGUUUUUAAUGGUAGGGAUGAUACUUAUCAGGAGCUUGCCAAACUUUGCCAUGAAAAAAAGACGGUUAAGCUGACUUCCACGGGUAAUGAAAUGUUUGUGCGGUUUAAGGCUGAUUAUAGCUAUCAAGGAAAUGGGUUUUCCGCUUUUUAUAUGACAACUCCAACAACUUGUGGUGGUGAAAUGUCGGCACCACACGGAAGCAUAUAUUCUCCUAACUACCCUAAGAACUAUAACUUAAAUGAAACUUGCGAGUGGUUGAUUACCGCUGGCGAAAAUCACGUUGUAGAGUUAAAUUUUCAAGAUGUCGACUUAGUGAGGAUAUACGACUGCAAGCUUAAUUAUAUCAAGGUUUAUGAUGGACCAACACAAGCCUACCCGCUUUUAGAUACUAUAUGCAAUAACACCGUAAAUCCUAACAAAACGAUUCGAUCUAGUACUGACAAUAUGCUGGUGGAGUUUAAAAGUGACAGUACUUUUACAAGUAAAGGUUUUAAAGCGUUUUUUAGAAGGUCAUGUGGCGCCAAAAUUAAGACGUCUAGUCAAGGCAUGAUUGAGCAUUCAAGAGGUUACGAGCUCACUUAUGACAGUGAAGACAACUCGAAUUAUUGCAAUUACACUAUCGAAUCUGAAGAUCCCACAAAACACGUUACUGUCACUGUAACAAAAGUCGAAACCGGGUCGAUGUGGUGCGACGAGGAUACCGAUGAAUUCGCUUACGGUUUUUGGGGUGGAGCUUCAAACGAUGCGCCCCUUAUAGCAAAAUAUUGCACCUCCAAACUACCCCCUCCGAUAGUUAGUGAUGGUUCUGCCAUACAUAUCGUUUUAAGUAAAGAAGUUGAGUUUGUUGCUACUUAUUCAGUUUUGGAUGAUCAUUGUGGUGGUGAUUUACAUGUCGCAGAAGGUUUUAUCGCAUCCCCUGGAUGGCCUAAAAAAUACCCAAUUAAUGCUGAAUGUACCUGGAGAAUAUCUAUGGGACUAGGAAAUGGUCUAAACUUCAACUUCCUUGAAAUGGACAUCCCAGAAUCGGACCACUGUAACACUGACUAUGUGGAACUUCGUGUAGCAAACUCAUCGGGGCCCCUUUUAGGCGUAUUUUGCGGAGGCAACUUACCGGUUUUAAACAAAACUGUGCAGGACGCUCUGUGGUUAAGUUUUAAAUCCACACGACUAGCCAAAGAUAUCCCGGAGGCUAAAAAAGGGUUUUAUGCAGAGUUUAGUUCUGUAACGGACAAUGUGCUGACUGGACCAGAGGGUUAUGUAUCCAGUCUUCUUUAUCCAGAUCCGAUGCCUGAGAGCUCAAAUUACUUGUAUGUCCCUCGAACUUGGCUGAUCCAUACUAAUACAUCCGGUAUAAUCGAGCUUAAGUCUGUUUAUAUUCAGCUGCAUGUGAACCAAGGAGAGGAAUGUAUGGAUAAUUUAAUAAAGGUUUACGAUGGUAUGAACUCAGACGCUCCUCUCCUAAAAGUGGUUUGCACCUCAUUCAGCUCUAUUCUGUCAACAUCCAAUUCAAUGUACAUCCUCAGUGAAACCUACAAUAGAAGAUUAGACUACUCGUUCCUUCUUGAGUGGAAAGCCAUGCCCAGGACCUAUAAACCUUCAGCAAAUAAAACUAAAGAAUGUCACUACAUUUAUAAACUUGAAAACCAAACCUCGAUAAACCUAACUUCCCCUGGCUACCCCAAUGGAUAUGGGCCUAACAUACAUUGCGAGUGGAUUUACGAAAUUAAACCUCAAUAUCACAUAGAAAUGACAUUUGGGGAUGUUAGUUUUGGUCAAUGGAAUGGAUAUCGCGUAUGCACUUACAGUGACGUAGUUCGGGUUUAUUCUAAAGAUGUGCAUGAAACAGAUUGGCACGAAUUGGCCGAAAUAUGUAAUACCACAGUGGUGGUUGAGAAAAAGUUGAUUAAAGGGGGUAACAUGAUGAAGGUCGAGUUCCAAACGAACAGAUAUAAUAAUGGGUCUGGUUUUCAAGCUACUGUUGCUGGGGUUUGCGGAGGAAUAAUGACCGACAAAUUGGGCAUCAUCGAGUUUGGUAAAAAUCAUUCUCUCGGUUCGCAGUGUGAAUGGCAAAUCUCGGUACGAUCUGGUCAUACAAUCAAACUUCACUUCACCACUUUUGACCUUGGAGAUGCGUCCGAAGGCCACUGUCCCAACUAUAUUCUAAUCAGAAAUGGACAGUUUGCUGAUAGUCCAUACUUAGGUAAAGGUAAAUUUUGCGGUCAAACUAUGCCUCCUGAUUUAGAAUCCACUAGCAACCAUCUAUUUAUUAAGUACAUGGGGUCAACAUCUAUUAAGGGUUUCACCUUAAAAUAUGCAGAACAAUCAUUUGAUUGCGGCGGUGAUAUUAUUUUAACGCAAGACGAUACGUCAGUUGAAAUUGCAUCUCCUAAUUAUCCUAACAUACCUCCGCCACACACUGAAUGCAUAUGGACCAUUAGAGCACCCCCCGGAGAGAUUUUACGGAUAGAUUUCGAAGAUCGAUUUGAUGUGCAUUCGGGUUAUGGCUGCGUUCAGGAAUACGUUGAACUGAGAGAUGGUAGCUCAGACCUUUCACCGUUAAUAAAAACUCUUUGUGACGUUACACCGAGCACUGAAAGAACUAAAAACAACGUUUUAAGAGUGAAAUAUUUUACUGACUCCGAAGAGCCUGGUGAUGGUUUUAAAGCGAACGUAUCAGUAAACUACUGUGGAGGAACGAUUAGGGAAUCAUUGGUUAUAAACUCAGCUGCACACAAUAUAAAAUUCGGCGACAAUUGCACUUGGUAUGUGAAAAUGAAUCCUCUUUUCAGGGUUAUUUUGAGUUUCAAAACGAUGAAUGUUGCUCAGCAUAUAUCGAAUUGUACCACGAGGGACACUGCGUCGAAAAUUGUAGUGUUUAGUGCUGCCGAAGGCAAUAAUGUGUCCCUUGGAGCAUUUUGUAACGGAAACAAUCCUGAUGAACUAAAGUCUCCUACCAACGAAAUGGUGAUAACUUACGUGUGCAAAUCUAACAGUGACCAGUUUAAACUUAAUAUUGAUUAUGAACCUGCUAGUUGUGGAGGUGAAACGUCGGAAGACUCGGGAGUUUUGCAAAGUCCAAAUUAUCCACAAUUCACGACCACUACUUACACUUGCCACUGGAUCAUUACCGUGCCAAAAGGUCGCAGUAUAUCAUUUGUGGUUGAUGAUAUGGACUUAGAUCCAGAUACGUCUUACCUUUAUAUAAGGGAAGAUUUCGGUGGUCCUGUAGUUGCAAAUAGUGAAAUGAUACGAUCCAAGGCUACAUUCAGAACAAGUGAUAACAAAGCAAUUCUUAUGGUUUGGAAAAAAACGAGCAGCAGGAAACGUGGGUUUAAGAUUAGUUAUUCUUCUGACUUACCCGCAGCAUGCCAAGGGGACCUAAACAGCACCUCUGGAACGUUGGUUGCCCCACAAAAUUUAUCCAUCUUCCAAUGUCUUUAUGUGCGAAAUGAAUUGCAAUCAGAGACAUUAAGUAUGCAAGUUUCAAUUCAGACCAACUUAACUAAUUCAAACUGUUUUUAUAAUAAGGCAUAUAUUAAUAUCGAAUUUCCUCUUGGAUAUAUUGCAAAACUUUGCCAGAAUACUCGAAAUAGUGUUUACCGGUCCGGAUAUCCCGAAACUAGCAUAUCGGCAGUAAAUGAUGGUCAGUUUCUAAACUAUACGAUUCACUAUAAAAUAUUUAAAUGUGGAGGAACUGCAGAAGGCGGCAAGAUUAUCUCGCCCAACUUUCCCCAUGCCCCUCCAGAAUCUAUAGAAUGUUCAUGGCAUAUUUCCAUGGAUGGAAGAGCCCACAUAAAUUUCACCAGUUUGGUACUUGGCGGAGAAUGUAGCAAAAAUUAUGUGGCGGUUUACAACGGAAUGACAGCACGAGAUCCUAGAAUAGCAAAAUAUUGCAAAGAUCAAAAGCCAGAGUCUGCAUUCAUUAGUGAGGGGAGUAAUGUGUUGAUAGAGUACGUUUAUGAAAAAGAUGCUUUAGGGAAUUCAACUGAGAAUGGAUUUAGUUUAGAUUAUAAGGAGGAAUCGCGUGGUUGUGGCGGAUAUAUUCAAACAAUUACCACUAUUCGCACCCCAAAUUAUUACUCCGGUAAUUAUGGAGAUAACGAAGAAUGCGUUUGGGAUAUCCAAACGGACAGUGGCAACACCGUCAAGUUAAGUUUCUACGGGAGAUUUCAUAUCGAGGAAAGUCCUAACUGCACCAAAGACUAUGUUGAGGUAUUUGAUAGGAAAGAGAACAAGUGGGAAUCGCGUGGAAAGUUUUGUGGGAGGACCUUACCAAGCGAUAUGGUUUCUACAAACAAUAUGAUGAGAGUGAUAUUUAGAAGUGAUAAUAAUUCGAUUAAUGCCAAAGGUUUUCAGGCCGAAAUAGAUUGGGAAUGCGGUGGCGAAUAUGUAGCAGAUGAAACUGAGAAGUUCAUAGCAAGUCCUGGCUACCACCGUAACGGCUACGAUUCAUAUUACUUCGGUGUACCUAAGGCAAUAUGCGUUUAUACCAUCUCCAGUAAAAAACCUUCAGGAGUCAUUAACGUGCGAUUUCUGGAUUUCCAAUUAAACACUGAAGGUGACACUGCAUCAUGCAAAAAAGCCAACAUAACCAUAGAGGAAACAGGUACCUUCCGACGGCUAAAACAAGUAUAUUGUGGAAAAACUUUGCCUGCUUUAAUACGCUUGCAAAAACGAGUUACAAUUACCUUUAAAUUCGAGCAAGACUAUAUGGCUUUUCGGAAGAACAAAUUUCAAAUCUCUUUUAAAGAUGCAUCUUGCGGUGGAAACAUCACACAACCAAGCGCCUUGCAGAUGCCAGUACACGACGUUUCCCACUUGCAAGGGAUAAUGAGAUAUUAUCAAACAAAAAUUGAUUGUAAUUGGUAUGUUACUGCCCCACUCAAUCAAAUACCAGUUCUAAAAAUACAGCAUUUGAACAUGUCCAGAUUGUGCAUAGUCGAUCGGUUACAAGUGUACGAGUCCCUCUCGCCAAAUAACAAUAAAAAAUUAGCCUCCCUUUGUGGAGAAAUAACAGAUGAACAACCGAUAUAUUCGAGGACCAACACGAUGCUUAUCUCUGCCCAGGCUUCGUCUGAGAGCUUUAAAGAAUUUAGAGGAGAAGUUUAUUUCACUUAUGGCCCAUCUGCUGGUUGUGGAGGUAAAAUAAACUUAACAGAAACCAAAUACCUGAAUGCUCCAAAUAAUUUACCGCAUAUGGACUGUCAUUGGACGAUCUUUGCACCAGCGGACUACAAAGUGGAAAUGGAGUUCACCUUAAUAAACAUUGCGCGGAAUUGUUCGAAUCCUGUUAAAAAUCACACUUAUUUUUGCACGUGUGCUUUUAUUGAUGUGAGAGAUGGUGCUGGACCUUUUGCUGAACAAAUGGCCAAACUGUGCACUUCAGAUAAUUCACUUAAAAGGAGCUUUACUACUUCUUGGAGGACAGCUUAUAUUCGAUUCUAUUCAGCAGUUUCCCAAAGCAAUGCGUUUUCGGUUACAUUAAAACCUGUGCAAUCAAAGUGUGGUCCGUCAGAUCUAAGCGCAACUAAUGAGCUUAAAGAACUCACUUCGCCUGAUUACCCCAACCAGUAUCCAGAAAAUAUAAAAUGCACUUGGAUUAUCCGAACCACAGCUAGGAGGAUAAGGCUGGAAUUUGAUGACGUUAAUUUCCCUGAAGAAAUGUCCUCGUCUGAUAUGUGCGAAGGUGAUAAACUAACGAUCAAAGAAGAUCCGAAAAGACUUUUGAUCACUGAUGGGUAUGGACCAUCAGCAAAGUUUGAAUCCCGAGGAAAUUUGCAAUUAGGCCAAUAUGAGGUUUGUGAAAAUGGUUCCAAACCGUUUGAUUAUUAUUCGACUGGCAAUGAGAUCAUGCUCAUUUUUAAAAGUAUACCUUCAUACGGAGGCAAACGAGGCAGAGGCUUUAAGUUAAAAUAUAGCUCAGGCAGUUGUAACCGAACUAUCUAUGGCAAUGAAGGCAGGAUUGAAAACUUCCAGAAUUUUGCUAAAAACUGUGAAAUCAACAUAAUAGCGGAUCCAAAUAAGACACUCUCGAUUUACUUUAUGUCGUUCUUUUUCUAUGACAGAUCUAUUAAUUGUAGCAAAACAGGAUUUGAGAUAAGAGAAACAAACUCAACAGGCCCGAGACUUUUAAGAACUUGUGGAAUUAUGAUACCCGAUCCGAUCUUUUCAAAUUCAAGCAAACUAGUCCUAAAAUCGUACAACAACGAUAAUCGCUAUAUAACGUUUCAUUUGAUGUAUAUCGCAUCAGAUCAGCCUCAGGGAUGUGGAGGGCAACUAUACAACCUUAAAGGGAAAUUUACAAGUCCCUUGUACCCGAACCCUUAUAGGAAAGAAGCUGAGUGCACUUGGAAGGUCAUGGUGCCGAAAGGUUACAAGGUUGCUCUUAAGUUCAUGGACUUUGAUAUUGGCGGUGCAUGCAAUUCUAAUAACGUGAAAGUAUUCACUGGAGGCGAGAGCACAAAAUUCUGUUCAGGGGUUAAGCCGGCAGUUUUGUACUCUGAAGGGAAUACAUUGGAACUAAUAUACACGUCUUCCAUAAACAAUGGUGGUACUGGAUGGAUUGUCAGGUUCCAGGCAGUGAAAUCAGCAAGUGAUCCUAUUUAUUGGUGAUAUUUUGGAUAAAUAAAUAAAAUUAGAAGUAAAUAGAAAAACUUUUAUUAAAAA